AUGCGACCACAUGCUGACCAUUCGAGUGGGCUCCGAGCUCGAGGCUCCGCGAGCUACCCCAUUACUGUAUCAGAUGACUCGGGUAGGGAAGCCUAUGCUCGAGUUCAGAAUCUCCGACGACAGGUAAUCGCACAAGCACAAAACCGCGUUGUUGUCCAUCUCGACGAGGAUCCGACUUUGGAGGGAGAUCACGAGCAGCAUGUCGAGGAGGCUGAGGCUGCUGUUCUUCAGGAAUAUGAAGUAAUCGAUCUCACGGAAGAUGGCUACCUUGGCCAGCAAACCGAGAGACAGAACAGCCGAGGCCGUUAUCGGUACAGACGCUCUGAACCGAACGCUUCCCUUGGAUUAAAACAUAGAUCAAGCUCGAUCUGCAAAGUCAGAGAUGUCGAUUUAAAGGUCAAUUCCUGUGUUGAGCUUCGUGAGCCUAUUGGCAAGUGGGAGGUUCAGUUUUUGGAAGUCAAAUCAAUCUGCACUUCUGGGACUGACGGACAGGUCACCAUCCUCGGCCUUGGCUACGCCCGUAACCGCAACCUGCGCGGAGCGCUUGAGAACAAGAGAAACGAGGUCUGCCAGAUUAUUGAGGUUGAUGCUGACGAUCAGCGUCCCGACGAAACCCAAGCCCUGGUUGAAGUCAGCCUCCAGCAGAUCUUACAAGUUAGGACUCUUCACAAGACAAAUGCAAUUUAUCCUCAACACCGAUAUGGCGAUGACCCACGUUGGAACAGCAAGACGUCAUUGGAACGAGAAAGACAGGGGCCUUUAACUUGCCGCUGGAGGUACCGUGUUCAGUACCGAGAUGCUCGUUUUCGAAGAUAUGGCAAACCUGAUGCUUGGGUCCUUGUGAGGAUGAUGGAGGCAGAGGUCGACCAACGAUUCGCAUGUUCUGAUAAAGAGAUCAGAGCAGCUUGGCGGGGCAGAACAAGCCUUGGUGGCUCUUACAAACCUGAUGUUAUCCAACUGGAUGGGCUUGGAGUCCCUAUGGCUAGGAGCGACCGGCAAUAUACGUUUGCCGACUUAUUUUGUGGUGCGGGAGGUGCCUCUCGUGGUGCUGUCAUGGUUGGAUUGAAGCUUUCUUUUGGUGUUGAUCACUGGCCCGUCGCUUGUGAAACAUGGCGACGCAACUUCCCAGGUAUUCGUCUAUAUGAACAGGAUGCGACGGAUUUUAUCCACAACCUAGGAGUCGACUACCGGUCUCAUCCCAUCGACAUUCUUCAUCUUUCACCGCCCUGUCAGUUCUGGUCGCCUCUUGCAUACCCAUGGGCUGGACGAAAUAACGAAGAGAACAUGGCGAUUCUCUUUUCCUGCCCCGAGCUCAUCAAGAAGCUUCGCCCACGGCUCUUUACCCUUGAGCAGACCUUUGGUCUCACACACGCAGCACAUGCAGAGUUUCUCAAUGCCCUCAUUCAAGGCUUUACAAGCCACGGGUAUUCCGUCCAGUGGAAGAUCGUCUCUCUUGUUGACUAUGGCCUACCACAGACUCGAAAGCGGCUGAUCAUGAUUGGUGCCUGUCCAGGAGAACAAUUGCCUCCGUGGCCUCCCGCGACUCACAGCGCCACACCGGUCGGAGGGCAGAAGCCUUUCGUCACCGAAGCUCAGGCUAUCCAGAAUCUGAACCGCCGCAGAGUGUCUUUACAUGAUGUAACCACAGCUCUUGUUCGCAACUCGCCACCCAGGGAUGGAAACUCACCAUUCAGCAAAACUAUAACUUGCUCCGGUACACAGGGUGCUUACCAUUUCAGCGGCCUCAGGGACUACACCCUGCGCGAGAUUGCAUGUCUCCAGGGGUUUCCUGUUUCGCAUGAAUUCCAAGGAACAAAGACUGCCAUCAAGAAACAAAUCGGCAAUGCAUUUCCUUCCUGUGUCGUGAAGGUGAUCUACGAACAUCUUCGAGAUUGGCUGAAGCGAGUGGAUGGCGUCCAGGGAGUGUCCGCACAUGCCAUACGCCCAGUCCCACGGGCUGUGGAACUGUUACCCCAUCGUCGUCGAAGCAUUCCAGCGGUCUUACCUAUCGCCCCUCGGCACCAGCUAAAUGGUGGCCUCGAUGAGAAUGAAGCAUUGGAGUUGGCCUUGCAGGAGAGCAAGCGUGGGCCUUAUCCACCCGCCGGAACUGGCGUGAUUGAGCUCUCGGACGACGAAGAUCAGCAAGACUUGACUGUCUCAACAGUGGUUGCCCCGCUCCUGGAGCGCAUGAGCAUCGGACCUAAGGCUGUGUCUGUUGCUGCUUCUCGAAGUAGAUCGCGAAGUGUUACGCUUGGUUUCAGCCCCAGUCCCGAACCGCUCCCACAUUGUCGCGCAGCCUCGCAAAAGCGCAGUCUUGACUCGAUGCAGGAUGGGGAGGUUGGUAAUAUGGACGGAGCAUCUCCCCCAAAGCGCGAGCGCACAGUCGAAGCCGGGGAUGAAAGGGAUGGAUUUGUUACUGUCAACAGAGCCCCAAGCAGGCUACCUCAGUAUGCCAGCAUUCGGGAUACGGAUGGUGCCGACGAUUACGUUCUCGUCGGUGAGUUGAAGAGGGCUGGCAUUCAAGGCUCGCAAACCGACGCCUCGAUGCUAGGAAAGGGGUCUUCAUCUUCUCGAGGAGUUACGACAGAGCUGUCUAAGCCCAGUCAGUCGUUAUUCGGCGGACUAAUCACUCUUGAUCGGACCAGCGCGUGCGGUGACGAGACGUGGCUGUUCUGA